CCGAAAUGCCUUGCGCAGGGCAUCAUCAUGGCGGACCUCCUUGGUUCUAUUUUGAGCUCCAUGGACAAACCCCCGACAGUAGGGGACAAACAAAAGAAUCUUAUUAAAAAACAACGCGAGGAGUUACAAAAGAGGGAGGCCGAGGAGAAGGCGAAGUUGAGAAAGUUUCGAGAUCAGAUAGAGGAACAAAUCAACAAAUUCAUUCAAAAUCCAGAAAAACAGAAGCACAAGUUUCAGCCUAUGUCUAAAGUGUACAGGACUAUAAUUCACGACGUUGCUGAUAUAGCUGGAUUGACUGCAUUUUCAUUCGGCGAAGAGGAUGUCAGCCGUCAUGUCAUGGUCUUUAAAAAGGAAUUUGCACCGCUUGACGACGAGCUAGCGGCAUACCGAAGAGGUGAAGAAUGGGACCCGGAGAAAGCCAAAGCCGCUGCAAAACAGAAGGAACUGGAAGCUGAGGCCCUAGCGCAGUCAACAAGAAGCACGAGCAAGGGCUCUGCACCACAGACAGACUAUCACGAAAAGUACCAAAAACUCUUAGGAAAGGAGUCAGGCAAGGACGCUGCCAAGAUUACGACACCGAAUAAACAGUUUGGCUUUGUUCCCAGCCAGAACAAGAAGGAUGUGCGCACCAUUGAGCAAACACUGGCCGACAUACGAGCAAAAAAGAAGCAGAAAACUGACAGCGCUUCAAAUGAAGGUCUCUCAGAACAAGAGACACAACAUGAAGCACUUGAACAGACAUAGAGAAAGGGAUUUCUGUAAUGCAAUCUGUUCCUUGUUGUCGUAUAACGACAUCUUUUAGCCAUACAGUCACAAAACAUUACCUGUAGAGCAACUAUAAACUAUUACAUAGCAAAAAGUGAGAGAAGUAACAUUUCGCUUUAGUUAACUGAACAGAUUUAGAUGGUCAGGUUGCCCUUCGGAAAGCAGAGUACAAAGAUAUUGAAUGGUGAUGAACUUCACAACUGUACACCAGCUGUACAACUAUGUCUUUUAGGGGCAUUAAUAGUUGCAAUUUAUACAUAAGCUGUAACGUGCUCGAGCUUUUGUUUUGUUUUACUUGUACUUAUGGUUGUGUCCAGCUUGACAAUUUGCUUGUGUAGAUUGUCACCAAAAGGUAUUUGCUUAGCCCUCACAGUGUUGGCUUGAUUCUCUGUACAAUAUGAAACAAUGUUUAAAAUGGGUUGUGACAUUUCUCCCCAUGGGUUACUGAAUAAAACAAAGAAGAUGA